AUGGCGGUCCUUGGCCGCAGCGGUCAGGAUGUCACUGAGUAUGUCCUCCGAGUUCCCAAAAAUACCACCAAAAAAUUUAAUAUCAUGGCUUUCAGUGCUGCCGAUAAAGUCAACCUCGCUACUUGGAAUCUGGCCCAGCUGGAACGGGACCUGAGCAACAAGAAAAUUUACCAAGAGGAGGAGAUGCCCAAGUCGGGAGCUGGCAGGGGUUUCGGCUGCAAGCUCGGGGAAGAGGCACCAAGAAAGAAAUAUGGCAUCGUCCCCAAGGAAUCCCAGCUGGAGGACCAGCCCUAG